UGCGGCCGGGCGGCAGAGGGGGGAGCCGGGGAACGCCAUUUUCACGCUCCGCGCAGUCCGCCAGUCCUCCAGCCUGUUCGCCGGGGGGGCAGCCGUCACCUCACCGCAGCCGCCGUCUCUACGGGCAGUUCUGCGGGGCAGUUCCGGGCAUGGACGCAGCGGGCUCUGGGCUCGUCGUGCAGCCGGGGGAGGCGCUCUGAUCUCGGCGUGUUGACGCGGUUAGCUCGCAGCUAGCUGCCCCACAUCAAGCGGCGGGUGGAUGCGGUGAAGCCUCGGUGGCGACACGUCUGACAGCAGCCCGGAAACACCGCUUCCUUGCUCAACAGAAAUCAGCCACACGCCACCGGAGAAGGAUUCUAAACGGAGGAGCGGGUUUAUCGGGACUUGAAGCGGGGAGAGGAGCUUUACCACCGGGCUCUACUGGCAGCGGAUGUCCCGGAGAACGGAUGCGUGAGGACAUGUCCACCAUGGUGUGUGUGAAGGAGGAGGAGGAUCCCGGGGAGAAGCUGUCCCAGGACGAGAUCAUCUCGCGGACCAAGCAGGUGAUCCAGGGCCUGGAGGCGCUGAAGCAGGAGCACCACUCCAUCCUGGAGGGCCUGCUGGGCACGCUGCGCUGCCUCAAGCAGGACGAGGAGGGCGUGCUGGUGGAGGAGAAGUCGCACAUGAUCCGCAAGUCCCUGGAGAUGCUGGAGCUGGGGCUGAGCGAGGCGCAGGUGAUGAUGGCGCUGUCCAGCCACCUGAGCUCGGUGGAGUCGGAGAAGCAGAAGCUGCGCGCUCAGGUGCGCCGGCUGUGCCAGGAGAACCAGUGGCUGCGGGACGAGCUGGCCGGCACGCAGCAGAAGCUGCAGAAGAGCGAGCAGAGCGUGGCGCAGCUGGAGGAGGAGAAGAAGCACCUGGAGUUCAUGAACCAGCUGAAGAAGUACGACGAGGACCUGUCGCCCUCCGAGGAGAAGGACUCGGAGUCCAGUAAAGAGACUCUGGACGAUCUGUUCCCAGACGACCAGGACGACCCAGCCCCGGGCAUCCAGCAGGCUCACGGCAGCGCCGCGGUGGCCGCCGCCCAGCAGGGGGGCUACGAGAUCCCCGCCCGUCUGAGGACCCUCCACAACCUGGUGAUCCAGUACGCCUCGCAGGGCCGCUACGAGGUGGCGGUGCCGCUCUGCAAGCAGGCGCUGGAGGACCUGGAGAAGACGUCGGGACACGACCACCCCGACGUGGCCACCAUGCUCAACAUCCUGGCCCUGGUCUACAGAGACCAGAACAAAUACAAGGAGGCGGCCAACCUGCUGAACGACGCUCUGGCCAUCAGGGAGAAGACGCUGGGCAGAGACCAUCCAGCGGUCGCCGCCACGCUCAACAACCUGGCCGUCCUGUACGGGAAGAGAGGGAAGUACAAGGAGGCCGAGCCGCUGUGCAAGAGAGCGCUGGAGAUCAGGGAAAAGGUGCUGGGCAAAGACCACCCAGACGUGGCCAAGCAGCUGAACAACCUGGCCCUGCUGUGUCAGAACCAGGGCAAGUACGAGGAGGUGGAGUACUACUACAUGAGGGCGCUGGAGAUCUACCAGACCAAGCUGGGCCCCGACGACCCCAACGUGGCCAAGACCAAGAACAACCUGGCGUCCUGCUAUCUGAAGCAGGGGAAGUUCAAGCAGGCCGAGACGCUGUACAAAGAGAUCCUGACCCGCGCCCACGAGCGGGAGUUCGGCUCCGUGGACGAUGAGAACAAACCCAUCUGGAUGCACGCCGAGGAGAGAGAGGAGCAGAGCAAGGGGAAGCCCAAAGACGGCUCACCUUUCGGAGAGUAUGGAGGCUGGUACAAAGCAUGCAAGGUGGACAGCCCCACAGUCACCACCACCCUGAAGAACCUGGGCGCCCUCUACAGGCGGCAGGGGAAGUUCGAGGCGGCUGAGACCCUGGAGGAGGCGGCCAUGCGCUCCAGGAAGCAGGGCCUGGACAAUGUGCACAAGCAGCGCGUGGCGGAGGUGCUGAGCGAGCCCGAGGCCCGCGAGAAGCAGCGCAGCCGCGAGAGCCUCACCUCCGACACGGUGAAGUACGAGAGCGGGCCGGACGGCGGCGAGGAAGUGAGUAUGAGCGUGGAGUGGAACGGGGAUGGCUCCGGCUCUCUGAAGAGGAGCGGCUCCUUCAGCAAGCUGCGAGCGUCGAUCCGGCGCAGCAGCGAGAAACUGGUCCGGAAGCUGAAAGGAGGCUCGGCCCGAGACGCUGAGCCCAAAAACCCCGGCAUGAAGCGAGCCAGCUCUCUGGGCGUGCUAAACGUGGCGGACAAGGCUGCCGGCGACGUCGACCAAGAGCGAAAUAAUCGUCUGAGGAAAAGCCGCGACCUGAGCGCUAGCCACACCAACCUGGCGCAUUGAAGGUUUCCUGAACGACGGAGGACCUCCGAGGGGUGCUGGGCCCCUCGGACCAGCCAGACCGUCAGAUCCCAGCCACACCUCCGUCCCCGGACAGUCCAGGGACCCCCGGACAGUCCAGGGACCCCCGGACAGUCCAUGGGUCCUCAGAGUCCUGGGACUCUCCCUUGACAUUGUUAGAGUCCUUGGACCCACAGAGAGUCUUUGAACCCUUGAAGUGUCGUUUGACCUCAGAUUGUCCACAGACUCUCAGAGGGUGCAGGGAUCCUCAGAGUCCUGGGACUGUCCUCAAACCCCCUGAGAGUCUAUGGACCUUCAGAGUCCCUGUACUCUCCAUACAAUCCUUGGAUCUUCAGAGUAUCUUUGAACCCUCAAAGUGUCCUUCUCAGAGAGUCCUGGGACUGUCCUCAAACCUGCAGAGAGUCCACAGACCCUCAGAGUCCUGGGACUGUCCUCAAACCCCCUGAGAGUCUAUGGACCUUCAGAGUCCCUGUACUCUCCAUACAAUCCUUGGAUCUUCAGAGUAUCUUUGAACCCUCAAAGUGUCCUUCUCAGAGAGUCCUGGGACUGUCCUCAAACCUGCAGAGAGUCCACAGACCCUCAGAGUCCUGGGAUUGUCCUCAAACCUGUAGAAGAUCCUUGGAUCCUUAGAGAGUUUUUGGACCCUCGAAGUCCUUUGCCCAUCAGACUGUCCACAGACUCGGAGAGUCCUCGGACCAUCCUUUGACCCUCGGACCACCUUCCAACCCUGAGAGUGUCCUUAGAGUCUCGAACAUCCUCUGACUCUCUGAGUGUCCUUGGAGCCUUGGACAUUCAGACCCCUGGACUGUCCUCGGACUCCCGGACAGUCCUUGGACCCUUGGACCGUCGUACCGUCCUCGAUGUAAAUAGCUAUUCGGGAAGCUGAGCGUCCCUCUGAGGCUUCACUCGCUCUGUGCUGGUUCUCAUGCUCCUGAGGGGGUCCGUGGUCUCUGGGGGGGGGGGGGGGGUUGUUGUCUCAGAACCAGUCCAGGAGGAAGAUCUGACCUGUGCUGGUCUGCUGUCCGUCUCUGUUUGAGCGGUUUGUGCCUGUACUGUAUGGAAACCUGCGCUGGUUUCCUGCUGCCACUUUAAUGAAGGCAGAUUCUGAAACGUUUCUAAAGAAAGGAGGAUUUACGGGUGGAGUUCAGUCAGUGGGCGGAGUUCAGUCAGUGGGCGGAGUUCAGUCAGUGGGUGGAGCCAAAUCAGGAGGUCCCUUGGGUUUGAUCAGACCUAACGUGUCCCAACAACAGUGACUGGAAGGUAUCGUGACUUAAAAUGUUACUUAAAAUGAAAAACUCAACUCAGUGCACGAAGGCAUCUACUGCUACUUCCUUCCACCACUAGAGGUCAUACUGAGUUUCAACCUCUGACUUCCGGAAAAGCAACUUUAUUGAUGAGACAGUUUUUAAGCACCAAGAUGCUCAGACUUCUUCACAGUACCUUCAAAAUGGAUUGAAUUACCUGAUUUUCCAGGCGAUAAAUCAUUUAUUGCAUCUGGAGGUUUUCUUGUAGCAGCUUCUGUUGUCAUACGCUGCCAUCUAGUGGCCAUAGUCGGUAUGUUUUCAUAUUUAGGUCACUUCUAAACAUUAGUCACAUGAAAACCAGGUGAUUAAAAGAACUCUGGCUGACAGGGCCCGAAAAUGUACAUCAAAUUCAAACCAGGAAUCGAAGCAAGAGAACUUUUAAAAUGUUACAGAAAAGCCUUCAGAAGGAUUUUACUGCCUCAGUCUUCAGAUUAAAUGUGUAUUAGUCUCAAAAUCUUUUUAAUGGUGUCUCCAGUUCAGGGUUUGGCUCCACCCACUGACGUUUGAUUCAGCCAGUCAGAACAGCUCGGGCUGAUAGGAAGUGUGUUUUUUUGUUUCUCUCUUUUUGCCUAAAACUGCAAGUGCACUCAGUCGUCCCAUGACGCCUCGUCAGGCCGACCCGGACGUCAACUUCGCUCUGUCAAUGUUAUUUAAACUCCGUCAACCACUGAUGGGACGAUGGACCGUAGAUGGACAGGCCUGCCGAGGGACUGAAGGUUCCGCCCUUUUUGUUUCGUGUUUACAUCUUUUGGUGGUUUUGUUGGUGACAUUUUUCCGUCCUUGCGCUGCUCUUUGUUUCUUUAUGUAAUGAAGCUGCACACUCACUGGAAAGUCAAAGGAAAACUUUAAAAAAAUAAACCAAAACUGAUGAGUUAUAAGUCUUUAGGAGAAACGCAUAUUGGAUUUUUUUUUUUUAUUAGUACUGUUACCAAAUUGAGAAGAAUCUUUUUACUUUUAUUAGCUGGAUGUAGUUAAAAUAUUUGAAUACACCCUAAAAAUAUUUUUAAAUCAAAACUGAGAUUAAAAACAUUCCUGGAUCAGUUACUGAAGGGUGUGUCAUUGAAAUAUUUUUUAUUUUUUAAAACGCCUUGAACUUCUGCUGGUUUGCUUUUCCCGCCUUUUUUUCCCGCCAUCUGAAGCUCAGCAUACAAAGAGGGAAGUAAUAUUCAGUUUAUUUUUAUCCUCUUACACUGGCGGCAGGUGUGAAUUAAACAUUUCUUGCUCCUAACACUAGUCAGCAUGUUGACAGCGAUAACUUUUAUUAAAAGUUACAGUGACAAACAUGACCCUAAGUUGUAAUAAAUCCCUGAAACCCCUGAAGUGGAUUUUCAGACUCUAAACACCAGGUUGUACGUUGCUGCUGUCAUAACUGCGUGUGUCCACUGGGGGGCAGCGCUCCGCGUCUUUAAACUGAUAUUCAUUAAAGCCCAUGAAGAUGUUAAAAAGGAUAUUAGUUUGACAGAGGAUUUCAGGGAUUCAUAAAUCAGUAGUGAGAAAUUAAUGAACUACUUGUUUUAUUCGUUAAGAAGCAGCCGAAGUGGUUUUCGACUAGAAACAAACUAUAAAACUCAUUUUUACGACACGUUAACUGUUUUAAGAUUAAUGCCUUCACUGCAUUUGAAGUUGUCUUUCUGUUAGGAAGAAAGUUGUAUAAAAUGUGUUUUUUUCAGGGGCAGGUUUGUGCAAUAUUGUUUUAUUAGAUGGAAAAUUCUUCGGUUGGAUCUGAUUUUAAAUUCUAGAGGAAUUGGGAUGAAAACACAGACCUGAGUUGAGGAAGCUUCACAUGUACACCGAUACUAAAACAACAAACUGAAGCUCUGAAAUGUAAAUAUAGACUGUUUAAUGGAGCAAAACCUGUAGUUUUUGAGUUAAAUAUAUUUUUCUUUUUGACUGUUGAUCAGUCUGAACCAGCUUUACUUAUUGUCACUUUCUCUCGGGAUUGUUUUCAUAUUUUGUGAUAAAUCACAUCAUUUAUUCUUGAACUGGGCAACCGAAACAUAAAAGCUUUAAAAUCCACUCAAAGUAAAUUACCGUAAACACAAAGAAAAUGGAUCAAAUAUAACUUUUAAAUAAAUUAAUUUUCGUUUCCUAUUUAAAAAUUAUUCCAUUUUAUUAGUAGUAUUUGGCUUUGUUUGAAAGGUUAAAGAACGAGUCUUUUAUCAAUAGGAAAAAAUAAAAUAAAAUAAUUGUUUUUUUGGAUAAAAAUGUCUACUUCUGAGAAAAUGCCAUUUAAAAAUCAAAAGCCGAUUUUUAUUUUUAAAAAUUAUUAAAUAUGCAACAAUACAAACCAAAUUUAAAUUGAAUUUUGUGAAGUAAAUAUUUUUGUAACAAUCAUCAGUGUGCUAGUUUUUUGCUUCUGUAACUUAAAACAACUCAAUGUUAAUUAUAUUUUUUAUUAAGACACAGUGAAACAAUUUUGAUUGAUUAUUAUAAUUUUAUGAUGAAUUAAAUUGAACUUUUAUUUUUUGGUAAAUAUUGCAUUAUUUCUUAAGCUCAUGUUACAUAAUUGACAGCAUGUAAACUUAUUUAAUUCAGUUGUUGCUCAACUGAAGGUUUUGCUAGGUCCAAAUUGCUUCGUUGAAGUUGCUCUGUUUUAGGGGAAAUUUGUUCAUUCUUAGGUCAAUUUUGUAAUAUUCGUUGUCUCAGAUACUUCAUAAUAUAUUGAUUUGCUUGGCUUCAGCCCAGAUUUUCUGUAUUUUGCUUGUGAUUUUGAAGAUUUUCAUAUGAGAUUCAUAGUGUGUCCCCAUUUCUCAGCUGACCUUCAUAUCCAAAUCCUGUAAACAGCAUCAACAAACCUUUGAAACAACUUUAAUUGAUUUCGUGAGUGGUUUCUCUGUGCAGAUUUAUCAUGAAUGUAAAUUAUAUGGAUUUAAUGUGUGUUUUAGUUGAACUAGUGAAGAUUCAAGUCUUUCUAUUUCUUUUUUUCUCCCAUCAUUUUAUUAUUUUUGUGUGAUUUUUAAUGUUAUUUGGGCCGUGUUGAUGUGUGGAAGCUGGAUCUCAGGAUGUGUUUCUUUAGAGUAGAUCUUGAAUAUGACAGUUUGGGCACAAUUUAAAAGAAAAGGUAAUUUUCCUGUUGACUGGAGCUGUGCUGCCCUCUGUUGGCAAUCUUAAGUAAAAUGAAAAAAAAAUUAAAAUCUCUCCUGUCCUGCAGUCAGUCCCAAAGAUGCCAAACAUACCAGAAAUAAUCGAACGUUUGAGGCCUUUUAUUUUGAAAAUUAGUCACAAAGUGCAUUUAUUUAUUUUAAAUGGAACAAGAAGUGAACUUAAGAUAAUUGUAAGAAAAAUAUUUAACUGUCUAUUUAAUCAUUUAUAUAACAGACUCAUUAGUAGUCAUGACAACAUAUUAGACGCUGCUGCUCAAAACACAAGUUUGAAUGUAACUCGAAGAGGUUUUAAACGUAAAUGUAACGUUUGAAAAUCACUUUCCUCCACAGGGUGGCAGCAGUGAGUCGGCUUUCCUCAGUUUGUUAGAAUUUUUCAUCUCAGUGUUUUAAUCUGCUGCUGCUGCUUCUUCUUCUGUUACUGGAGGCGGGAAAAUAAGUAGAGACUCACUGCACCGCCUUGUGGUCCAAAGUGGUAUUACACAGCUGAUUGGUUUCUCAGAGCUUCUUGUGGUGUUUAUUAGCUUGAUUUCUAAAUGUUUCAGGUUAAAAUGUGAGACAAUGUACCUUUUAUUGACACAAUCCAGUUUUUUUUAAACUCGGCUAUAUGAAUUUAACCAUCCUGAGUGUGUGUGAGGUAAAUUAAAAACGUGAUGGAGCUUAUCUGAGUGGUGCAGGAGGAGCACUGACGUUUCAGCUCAUCUCAGUUUACAAACCUUCCAUUCUUUGUGUGUAACUGUCUACUUUGCACUGUAAGUUUGUUUGCAUUGAUUCUGUACCACCUUUUUUAUGUGAUUAGAAGUGACACUUAAAGAGCAAGUUAUUGUACAGCUUACCUGUAUUUGAAGAAUAAAAUGGUCAAAUGGA